AUGUCUGAUGAAAAUGAAGGUGUAGAGAUAUUAGAAACAACUGAGCUAUCACCAAUACCAACAGCAGAAUUAACUGAAUUUGGUUUUUUGAAAGAAUAUAAACCAGAUAAAAGUAAAGCAACAUGUAUGGCAUGUAAUAGCCAAUUUAGUGUUCACUAUGGUGGAAAAACUGAUGUUGUACAACAUUCAAAGAGUAAACAACGUAAAAGGAAUAUGUUAACAUUUAGUGUUGAUCGUCAAUUAAUUACCAUAAGCAUGAAACCAACAGAAAUUUAUAACGUUUUCUUAUCGAAACCAGAACUGCUGAAACUUAUUCAUUGUAGGGAAACAUAUUGUGUCAAAAAACAACGUGUUAAUUAA